CUUUCUACCGGCUUCCGGGAAGAUUUUCCGUCCGUCCGGCUCUGCGGACUCAAGGAGAGAAAGUAGGAAAAAUCUUGCUGGAACCACAACUGGAACCUUAAAGGGUUCAUAAAUCUUCUUACACAGGUCGACGCCCGCCUCCUCAUGCAGAACUCCAUGAAAUGAAUAAAGCAUCACAGCCUAUAACAGGACCCCCUUCCAAUCCCCAUCCUGCCCCCUCCCCUGGUCUCUCACAGCCUUCCUUUCCACCUGGGCAGCCUGCCUCUGUUGUGUUUGCCACCCCACCUCCUCCACAAAUGAACCCAACACCACAGCCCAGACAGUUUGCGCCAGGGCCCAGGCCUUUACACCAGCAGGGAAGCUUCAGAUCACUGCAGCCCUACUACACAAACAGGGCCAACCUCCCCCAAGGCAGUGGGCCUAGAGGUGUCCCACCCAGCAGUGGCCCCAGAACUGUGACACCCACCCAUGUCUAUCAGCCAGCCCCUGGAUCUCAAAUGAUGAUGAUUCCACAGGGACCUGCCUACUUUACUAUACAAGGACAGUACCGCUCUCCAGCCUAUGUAGCCACACCGCAACAAUAUUCUGUCCCUACCGGCCCUACUGGCUUUUACCCUGGCACCAGCCCAGCUGAGUACGGUACUUACGCUGGAGCGUAUUACCCAGCCCCCUCAGUGCAGGUUGCGCCAGUCAUCAUGAAUCCUGCUCCCCAACAGCAACAACCACCACCUCAGCCACCACAACACAUUCCUAUCAGGGAACGUAAACAGAUCAGGAUAAGAGACCCGAACCAGGGAGGUCGAGAUAUUACAGAGGAGAUUAUGUCAGGAGGCCGAAGUGGCUCCACUCCAACUCCACCACAGACAGCCAUAUCUGGAUCAGAAAGCACAGCAGUCGUCCAGACCAACGGUGAGAGCGUUACAGCUGCUGCUACACCAGCACUGGUCAGACCAGAUGACAGAGGAAAAACCUUGCUCCUUCCUCGGUCAAAGACGCCUGAAAUUAAGGCUGACCUGCCAACAGAGGCGUCCUCCUCUGACACGGACACUACAUCCACUUCCCCCCCUCCUCUUUCUCAAGCAGAGGAGCCCACUCUAAGCACUAUUUCCACCUUGUCACUUGUAGAUGUAAUGGAUCCACCCCCAAUUUUGAAAGAACCGACCCCACCCCUCCAACAAGCGCCUGAGGUGCCUGCUUACCCUGCACCGCUCCCUGACCCUGUCCACAUGUCUCGGACCAGAGACAAAACGGAAAACAAAGCAACAGAAGAGUUGUUUACAAAAGAUCCGGAGGACAUGGAUGAACCUGCUGCAGCUUCAGAAAGUUCGCCCUCUCCCCAGCCCCCCUCUAAUGGUUUGAUAGUUGAAGAUAGUUCCUCGGUCUCACCACCAUCCAGUAAGAUGGAGGUACCUCUGGAGUCACCAAUUGCUCAGCCUGAAGAGCUUCGCCUACCUAACGGUUUACCACUCCCUGCUCCCCAGGACCCUGAGGUCCCCACCACCAGCACAGCAGAGCGUGAUGACAGCCCCAUCGCAGAACCCGACAUCAGUGUUACAGCAGUAGUGGACACUGCUGAAGAAGUAGCUACUUCUGAAAGUGUUGAUGAGACUGUACCUGCCUCUGUUGAGACCGAGGUAGUAGAAGAAAUUGAGGCCUCAGCACCACCUGAGGAUCAAGAAACGGUUCUUUCAGACACUGUGGAUAUUCAAGUUGAAAGCCCUGAACCCCAAUCCGAAGUCACAGAAGAGACACCUCUGCCGACAGAGGACGCUCUCUUAGCUGGCAGCGUCCCAGAAACGGUGCCUACUCCUCCCACCCCAGCAGCAGAGGAGAGGGAGUGCACCCCUCCUCCCCCUGUCAUUACCCCUGCACCUUCAGAGCCUACUAUGCAAGCUGCUGUGUCUGUGCCAAAGAAGAAGAGGAAGAUGAAGGAUCUAAACAAAAAAGAAGCCAAGGGAGAUCUUCUCGAUGCCUUUAAAGAGGAUCAGGUUGUUGUCCCACCUGAGCCCGAACCAGUUGCAGCCCCAGUCGAACCUAAGCCUGCGGCCAUUCUGCCUCCGACCCAGGAUGAGUCCGACUUGACCUGGGAGGACAAGGAGGACAAAUUAGACGCUGAAAAUAUUCAGCCCAAUUCACCCGAGCCGACAGCCACAGACAAGAAAUACCAGUAUAAAGAAGAGGACUGGAAACCCAUCAACACGGAGGAGAAGAAGAAAUAUGACAGAGAGUUUCUCCUGGGCUUCCAGUUCAUUACAGCCAGCAUGAACAAGCCUGAAGGUUUACCUGCCAUCAGUGAUGUUGUGCUUGACAAGGCAAACAAGACCCCCCUGCGCCAAAUUGACCCUAGUCGGUUACCAGGGAUGAACUGUGGUCUGGAUUUCACACCCUCUUUUGCCAACCUCGGAAGGCCUGGAAUGGGAGGAGGAGGUCGAGGGCCGCCUCCUGGUAUGGGCAUGGGCAUCGGUGGACCACGUCGCUCUCAGCAGAUGCAGAGAAAAGAGCCGAGGAAAAUCAUCACCAGCAUGUCGCUCACAGAAGACAUCCAGCUCAACAAGGCAGAAAAGGCCUGGAAGCCCACAGUGAAGAAAAGCUCUCGCGGUCGUGGCGGGGAAGAAACAGAGGAGAGUGAAAGUGAUGUUCAAACGCAGGAGCUCUUUAAACGCGUCAGAAGCAUCCUCAACAAACUGACCCCGCAGAAGUUUCAGCAGCUGAUGAAACAAGUGCUGGAGCUGAGCAUCGACACACAGGAACGGUUGAAAGGCGUCAUUGACCUCAUCUUCGAAAAGGCCAUCGCUGAACCCAACUUCUCAGUGGCCUAUGCCAACAUGUGCCGAUGCUUAACUGGGCUAAAAGUGGAAAACACAGAUAAGCCGGGAGAAUUUGUGAAUUUCCGAAGUCUCCUUCUACAUCGCUGCCAGAAGGAGUUUGAGAAAGACAAGGAUGACGACGUGAUCUUUGAUAGGAAGCAGAAGGAGCUUGAUGCUGCAACAGAGGAGGAGGAGAAGCAGCGACUGAAUGAUGAACUUGAAGAGGCUAAAAACAAGGCCAGGAAACGCUCGCUUGGAAACAUUAAGUUCAUUGGCGAGCUGUUCAAACUCAAGAUGCUGACUGAGAUGAUCAUGCAUGACUGCAUCAUGAAGCUCCUGAAGAAUCACGACGAGGAGUCACUGGAGUGCCUUUGCAGACUGAUGUUCACCAUCGGCAAGGACCUCGACUUUGAAAAGGCCAAGCUUCGUAUGGACCCGUACUUCAACCAGAUGGAGAAGAUAAUAAAUGAGAAGAAGACGUCGUCUAGGAUCCGUUUCAUGCUGCAGGAUGUUCAGGACCUCAGGCGGAGUAACUGGGUCCCAAGGAGAGGCGACCAAGGCCCCAAAACCAUCGACCAGAUCCACAAGGAGGCGGAGAUGGAGGAGCACAGGGAGCAAAUGAAGGUGCAGCAGGCCUUCAUCUCCAAGAAAGACUCCAUUGGUAGCGGUCCUGGAGGCAGGAUGAGUGAGAGGGGACCCGGGAGCCGUGGCAGUCACCACACUCCAAACCGUGGCGCUCCUCUUCAGGACGAGGGCUGGAACACAGUGCCCAUCUCAAAGAACCGGCCAAUCGACACCUCACGCCUUAGCAAAAUCACCAAGACUCCUGUUCUGGACCUCAACAACCAGUUGCUUGCCCCUAGCUAUAAAGGCACUUGGGGCAGCUGGGGUAAAGGCAGCAGUGGUGGCAGUAGUACUAAACCUGCUGAUGCUGUCUCAGAGUCCGGCGGUCGUCCUUCCACCAGCACUCUGAACCGGUUCUCUGCUUUGCAACAGAAUGUGUCCUCUGGUUCUUCAAUGGACUCCGACAGACGAGUCCCUCAGAGAAACAGCUCAAGUCGAGAGCGCAGUGACCGCUUCGACCGCUCCGACCGCGGCUUCGACAGACGCGACAGAAACCGACUGCAGGUCACGAAGCGUAGCUUCAGCCGCGAAAACGAGGAGAGGAGCCGUGACCGAGAUCAGCGUGGCUCAGUAGAUCCCGUGCGGAGAGUCACAGACUUGACACAGGAGAGAAGCCGAGGUGGCAGCAGAGAGCGAGCCAGGAGCAAAGAAAACGUGAAGAGGGAGAACGCUGCCACCCCUCCUCCCCCGAGCCCAGCUAAGCCAGCACUGACUGAAGAAGAGCUGGACAAGAAGUCCACAGCCAUCAUUGAGGAAUACCUGCACAUCAACGAUAUGAAGGAAGCUCUGCAAUGUGUGCAGGAGUUGAACAGCGCUCCCUUGCUGUUUGUCUUCGUGCGAAACGGACUUGAACAGACGCUGGAGCGCAGCACCACGGCUCGAGAGCAGCUGGGCAAGCUGCUGCAGCAGCUCGUGAAGAAGGGAACCCUCCCAACUCAGCAGUAUUAUAAAGGGCUGCAUGAGAUCCUGGAGGUGGGUGAAGACAUGGAGAUCGACAUCCCCCACAUCUGGCAGUACCUGGCUGAGCAGAUCACACCCAUGCUGCACGAGGGAGUCAUCCCCAUGGGUCUGCUGUUCAGGGAGAUUUCCAAGCCUUUGAUUCCUCUGGGCAAAGCUGGAGUGCUGCUGGUCCACAUCCUCAACUUACUCUGCAAAGGACUGAGCCAUAAAAAAGCAGGUGCUCUCUGGAAUGAGGCGGGGUUGCGGUGGAAAGACUUCCUUCCUGCUGACGUGGACGUGGACAAGUUUGUCACAGAGAAGAACAUGGAGUUCACUCUUGGGGACGAGUCGGAGAGGAGCACAAAGAAGGAGCUGGACUCUCAGGAGUUGACCAAGGAGCUGGACCGGCUCAUCCGGGACCAGGCUGACAAUCAGAGGAUCUUCGACUGGGUGGAGGCCAACCUGGACGAGCAGCAGAGUUCCUCCAGCAUCUUCAUUCGUGCGCUGAUGACCUGCGUCUGCCAGGCUGCCAUCAUCAAUGAGACUCCGUACAAGAUGGACGUGGAGCAGAUCAAGCGUCGGGCCAAGCUGCUGCAGAAGUACCUAACGGACGAGCAGCAGGAGCUGCAGGCACUGUAUGCCCUGCAGGCCCUGAUGGUGGACAUGGAACAGCCAGCCAAUCUACUGCGGAUGUUCUUCGAUGCCCUCUACGAUGAGGACGUGAUCAAAGAGGAGGCCUUCUGCAAGUGGGAGACCAGCAAAGACCCCGCUGAGCAGCAGGGAAAAGGAGUGGCCCUCAAGUCUGUUACCGCCUUCUUCACGUGGCUGCGCGAGGCCGAAGACGAGUCGGACAACAGCUAGGGCCUCGGCGGGAACCGCCAUCGCGGAGGUCGUGACAUUUCUGUUGUGGAUUCAGGCUCAGCUGAAUCAGCAAAGAUCCUUCUGCAUAAACAGAAAAAAAGCGAGAAAAAAAUUCUUCAACUGGGAGAGAUUGUAUUUUGGAUCGAGCACUCGAUCGUGUUAUUAUUUUUUUUGUCCUCCUUCAACCGAAUGUCUUUUUUGAAAAAACACAAAUCCAGGAUGACUAGAAAGAUGCUGCGAAGUGUCAUGCGUUGCAGGAGAUCAUGCUGUUUCUGUCAGUAUUUUUUGAGACUGUUUUCAAAUGCUUUCCUGCGUCUCAGCAACACUAUCAAGACACUUUCGAUGAAUAUCCCAAAAGAGGCGGAUCACAUUUCUAUUUUUGAUGACUUCAUCUUUUAUCAUGGACUCGGCAGCGUCAGCAGUUCACAGCUGAUUGGCUACAUGUUACCAUGUAGUUGUUUUUUUUUUUGGUGUUGGAUGAUUGAAGUGUGUUUUGUAAAAAAAAAAAAAAAAAAAAAAAAGUUGAAAAAAUAA